AUGGCUUCAGGUGGGCAGAAGGCGGAUGUGACCGUGGGCGUGCUGGCGUUGCAAGGUGCCUUCAGCGAGCAUGUGCAAUUACUGAGACAGGCGGCACAGAUCCUCGACUCCAAGGACGCUGUCAAGAGGCACUGGGCCUUCCUGGAGGUGCGCACCCCGGCAGAACUGGCAUCAUGUGAUGCUUUGAUCAUCCCGGGGGGAGAGAGCACGACAAUGUCGUUGGUUGCCCAGCGGUCUCAGAUGCUGGAACCUCUUCGUGAUUUCGUCAAAGUGCUGAGAAAGCCAACGUGGGGAACUUGCGCGGGGCUGAUAUUGCUUGCGGAGUCUGCAAAUCGGACCAAGCAAGGAGGCCAGGAGCUUAUCGGCGGUCUGGACGUUCGAGUCAACCGCAACCAUUUCGGACGCCAAAUUGAGAGCUUCCAGGCCAAUCUAGAUCUUCCCUUCUUGAAGCAGGCUGAUGGGAAGGACUUUGAUACAACCCAGCAACCGUUCAGGGCCAUCUUCAUCCGGGCACCCAUUGUGGAGAAACUGCUUCCACGUGUUGCUGGUCCCCAAGAAGGAGAAGCAAAAGUUGAAGGCACAGUCGUUGCUCCCUCGAGGCCGAUUGACGAACAGGUGGCCAAAAGCGUCAAGCUGGGAGAUGUCGAAGUCAUGGGGAUCCUACCAGGUCGGUCUGCUGCGCUGAAGGAUGAUGCCACGAAAGAGAAAUUGGACGCAGAGGCUGGAGAUAUCAUCGCUGUCCGUCAAGCCAAUGUGUUCGGCACGAGCUUCCACCCCGAAUUGACUGGCGACCCGAGAAUACAUGUUUGGUGGCUCGAGCAGGUGAGGCAGUGGACCGAAGGAGCGGUGCACCCUUAA